GGCUGUCUCCGGCGGGGGCUCGCCAUGGCCAGGGAGGACUCGGUGAAGUGCCUGCGCUGCCUGCUCUACGCCCUCAACCUCCUCUUCUGGUUGAUGUCUGUCAGUGUGUUAGGUGUUUCUGCUUGGAUGAGGGACUACCUGAAUAAUGUUCUCACUUUAACUGCAGAAACAAGGGUGGAGGAGGCUGUCAUUUUGACAUAUUUUCCUGUGGUCCAUCCAGUCAUGAUUGCCGUUUGCUGUUUCCUUAUCAUAGUUGGAAUGUUGGGCUACUGUGGAACAGUGAAAAGAAAUCUGUUGCUUCUUGUCUGGUACUUUGGAAGCUUGCUUGUAAUAUUCUGUGUUGAACUGGCCUGUGGUGUUUGGACCUAUGAGCAGGAAAUAACGGUUCCAGUGCAGUGGUCUGAUAUGAUCACUCUAAAAGCCAGGAUGACCAAUUAUGGGCUACCUAGAUACCAGUGGCUUACCCAUGCUUGGAAUUUCUUUCAGAGGGAGUUUAAAUGUUGUGGCGUGGUAUACUUCACAGACUGGCUGGAAAUGACAGAGAUGGAUUGGCCUCCUGACUCCUGUUGUGUCAGGGAGUUCCCAGGAUGCUCGAAGCAGGCGCAUCAUGAGGAUCUCAGUGACCUUUAUCAGGAGGGAUGCGGUAAAAAAAUGUACACUUUUUUGAGGGGGACGAAGCAAUUGCAAGUGCUGCGAUUUCUGGGAAUCUCUAUUGGAGUAACACAGAUUCUGGCUAUGAUCCUCACUAUUACUUUGCUGUGGGCUCUCUACUAUGACAGAAGGGAUCCUGGGGCAGACCAAAUCAUUUCCCUGAAGAGUGACACCACACAACACCUGUCAUGUCAUUCAGUGGAGCUGCUGAAACCAAGCCUAACACGGAUCUUUGAGCAUACAUCCACAGCAAACAGCUUUAAUACACACUUUGAAAUGGAAGAGUUGUAGGUGAUGCAAUGGAUCGAAGAAGUUGCAAAGGGUUUUAGUCUUUUUUUUUCUUUUUGGUGGUGUUUUUAUUCUGUUCCAUCAAGUACACUGAGUAUACCAGUCUUUCUGUGCUUCAGAAAACUGCUAAUGGAUUGUAGCGAAGACACCUGCCCAGGAAGAAAGAUGAGGCAAAGCCUUUUAGGACAGCCAUGAAACAGUGUUUUUUUUUGUUUUUUUUUUUUUUUUUGCAUUUUAGCAGGCAUUCGUUCACUGGGCACAGUAGUAUUUAACUUAUUGUCACAAGAUAUGUGAUGUGUAAAGUGCUGAUUCAUUCACAGAUAGAUCGACAGAACUAAUGACGUACUUCUAAGGAAGCAUCACUGAAAAGGAAGAGAGAUACUUGUCUUCCAAAGAAAUGACUGUGGUUUGAACAAACAAAAUAUGACUUCAGCUGAAAUUGACUUUUACAUUUUUUACUAAGCCAUUUGGAAAAUGUCUUAAAAUAAUCAGGGAUCUACAUGUAUAUAACUGUGUGUUUUGUGCGUGCAUGGAUAGCAGAACUGCAAUUCAAGUAAAUACUUGGAUUUAAAAUUUUGCAAGAUUUGUUUUUAAAAGAAGGCAAAAUUCUUUUUCUAACAAAAUCUUUAUCUUAGUUAUUGCUGUUAAAGAUAUUCUAAAACUUCUAUUUUUAUCUAACAUAACUGUUUAAUUUUUAAGUUUAAAUUUAUUAAACAGAGAUUAAAAACAAAACUGACUCUGGACAAUAGACUAAUUUUCUGAGUAAUUCUAGAAAAUUCUUCUCUGAAACAGUUUUUUCUGUUACAAUAAAAAAAAAAAAAGCAUUAUUUUCAAACUGGGGAUCAGUAUGGGGAGUAGCACAGUUUUGUAGAUAUAUCCCUUUUUCUAUCCAUGUUUCCCCUCAAAAUAAAAACAAAAGACUGCAAGAAAAAUGCUUAUUGUUCUGGAUGCUAUUGCAAUAUUUGUAAAAGUACAGAAGGAGAAAUUAUACUUUGGCUUGUUCUUCAUUAAGAGCUCUUUAGUGGCUUAAAAUGCCACAUGGAAGCAACGUUAAAAUGUAUUUAUUGAGGCGGGAAAGUGCAUUUUACUGUAUUUUUAUGAACAAUGUUUAUUUCAUAGGAUUAUUUUUACGAUUGGCCACGCUCCUGAAAUAUGUAUUUGCUCCACUGAGUACGGUAGUUUGUGGCAGAUGGAUUUUUACAUAAUAUUGCAUUUUAAAAUCUCUUUCCACUUGUUUCGGAAUUUGUAAAAGGAAAAAGCAGCAAGGUGUGAUUUGGUAGACAAUAAAAUUACUAUUGUCUUAAAUUCCAUAAUGGCUUUUUUAUUGUAAAGACCUAGAAUGUGAAUGCUGUGGGUGGGAGUGGAAAGGUCCUCCUCCUAGUGUGAGUUAAUUUGACAUGUUUUUACCUAGUCCACUUAUUCUGUCAUGGAGAAACGAACUGUAAAUUUCAGUUUCUUUUCUGUUACUUCUAAGAAAGUUGCCAAGGGAUCAUGAAAUUAGGGUGACAGCUCUUCUGUUGUGUGGACUUUUGUUUGUUUCUUUUAGCAAUCUGCAUGUGGGUGUAUUUAUUUCACAGGUACCACUGCAAGCAAGAUUACCCUUCUGUGUUUGUACCUACAAAAGAAAAAAAAAUCUCAAUUUUUUGUCUGGAAUUUCCUUGUCAAAAAUAUAUUCUCAAGCACUGUUCAGAAAGUCCAUUGCGCCUAGACUUACUUUACAUGUACAGCAGACUUCUGUCCUGUCCUUAGCCUGGGGCAGCAUUUCUGCAGCUAUGGACAAUGGUCCUAUGUAGAAAAAGAGGAUGAUCUAUCUAGAAAAGCCUGGAUGCAACCCACCUUUAGACUUUGGAGUGCUACUGUGACCUGUGAUGCUACACAGUGGAUUGAGCCACCACUUCUUACUUUCUUAUUGUGGGUUGCCUUUUGUUGUUGUUGUUGUCAUUACAAGUCAGUGUCAUGGCUGAUGAGAUUUCUCUAUAAAAUUCAGCCUUAACACCAUGACUAACAGGAGUCAUUCACACCCCUAAGCCUGUUUUGGGGAAUUUCUUGCUAAACAUGGGUAUUUUAUGAAUUUCUAAUCCUAGCAAUUGAAACCCUCCCAUUACUAAACUUAGUCUAGGCAAUGUAACCCUACUAGACCCUGUGAUAGUUCUAAAUUUCAGCCCUCUCUAAAUAAAAUUCUACAGCCAGACCUGGGCUGCUGUUAUAUUGCUAGUUCAGGAAACUGUAAUUGUGCUUACCUACUUGUGAGUCAGAGAGGCUUGAGUAAUAUUUCAGGGAGCUCUGUUGGUUGAAAGUCUAGCCCUUAGUGUCUUUGGGUGUAAGUAAUCUUAACUUCAACCCAAACAUUCCUACUGUAUGCAGAUACUACUGUAAUGCAGAUCUCUAAUGUAAUUACAACUGAACCUGGGGAAUCUCACCCUAAGUCAAGUGAAAAUGUUACUAGAAGAGAUCCUGCUCUUUGCUCAGGAAAUACUGCAAAUUAAAGUUCUACCCAAGGAGCGUGUACCUUAGCAAUGCUUCAGCUGUCCUUAUCUUGAGGUUAGGUUGUAUCCUCCCAUGGGAGGACUUUCCAAGCUAAUAAGGGUUACCUGUGUAUCUUUCCAUAUUAAGGGUAGGGCUUGUGAAGAGACAUACAUGGCAAGCAGGCUUGGUUAGGGAGAAUCACUGGAGAAGUCCACAGCUAGAAUUAGAGGUACUGACAAGCAAGAUCACUUAAUUUUAGGCUUCCCAGAUGCUUUGCAAACACAGCCAUUAGGUGUAGGUAGACUAUUCUAAGGACAGGAAUUCAGCUACCUGAGAAGGGCGAGUGGUGUAUGCUUGCUGGGACAGGCUUAGAGGUAAAGGCUUCCCCACUUUAUAGGGAAAGGUAUGUAUGGUGGAGUCCCUUGUAGGGUCUCCUUAAAUCUGGAUUAGGGUUCCUAAGCUAGGUUUCUGAGAGCUCAGUAUUGCUGCUCUGUCUAAAUUUUGUAUUAUGUGCAUGUGUGUGUAUAUAUGUAUGUGUAUACAUAUAUAUGUUUAGCGUUGGGCAUUGAGUUGUAGUGAUCCUCUUCCUAGAGCUUGAGGAGGGGGUAUUUAUGCUCUCCAGAAAAAUGUUAGUCUACCAGAAGAGGUUAGAAGUGCACAAAGGGAAAUCUUUGACUGAGGUUUUUCAGUAGAAGUCAUGUGUAGGGUGGAGGUUGGUGUGCCAUCCUAGCUUGAAUAGAGGGUUACUCCUGGAGGUGGGGAGCAUAUUUGUAUGGCCCUUGUGGGAGGUGCCAGAUUAGUUGAAAUAAAAUUCCUUGGUUAGAAUACAAGCAGCAUUUUGCAGGGCACCCUGGAAGAACAAGUUCAAGGAUAGGUAAGAGUCCGUACAUAUCUCUGGGAUCUAUUCAGUUUUUCAGUAAAGAAACUCAUUGCCUCUUGGUCUAUUCAAAUGAUAAAGAGGGUUCGUCAGAUCAUGGCUAAAUCAGGAGAUUCUAGGUCCAGGAGAUGAUGAAUCCCUCCCACACCAUGCACAGAGAGAGAAGGGGUUUCAGGCAGUGCUUCUCAAAAAAUGAUUUGGUCAGGGUUCCCUCAUUCUAGGAUCAUUUUGGUGCAUUUAGUAUAGGACAGGCUUCACAGACCAAUGUUUGUGGACCCCACGAUAGAACCUCUGCACUCAAGGUAACCUUACCUGAUCUUGAGCCAGUCUGUAUUCACAAUGGUGUUGGCUUAAUUCAGGUAAAGAACCACUCAUCAGGAAUGCUGAAGGUAAUUCCUUUCCUGGUAAAGUUUACUGGUAAGUAUUCUGGGAAAGAAGUGAAGGAAGGCUGAGGGUUUUGGUGUCUCUGUCUCCUGUUUUGAGUAUCUAACCCCAUUUGUCCAUCUAAGUUUCAGCUGUAAAUUGGAACACCUUCAAACUUUUUUUUAUUUUGCUGAGCUCAGGCUCAGGAAACGUGUUCCUAUUUUUCUAGGGCUUGUUCAAAGAGUCUUCAGUUGAUUGACUAGGCUGCAGUAAGUAUAUUCUUUUCCUGUAGGGCUUUAGGAUGUAAGUAGGAGAGUGUCUGCUUGGCAAGGGGAGCAUUUAGAGAUACUUGCAGCAGUGAAAGCUGCUUCAUCCUUUUAUUUCUUUUUUCUGUAAGUCUCACAGGAGUACCCAGGAGGAGAACGAUGGUGUAUUCUUUCUUCUGUGCAGCAUAAACUUUGCUGUAAUGAGCCACAUCUUUCUUGUUGUGACAAGCAGCUAUGGAGCUGCUUUUUAAUGCUUUUCACAGACCUUCGCUUAAUGUAGAGGACAGGAUCUGUAUUAGAUAAUGGGUCAACUCCUGCUCUAAAUCUGGCAUUCCCAUUCAGCCCAGUAAAUCAGCACUGAAUCAAUGAAACUGUACCCGUAACAGUGGAUUAUUAAGUUUGCCAUCAAGCAGUAAUGAUUCGGGAGUAUAAGGAUACUUUUAGGAGACAAUCUUUACUAUUUUUGGUCUUUGGACAAGGUAUCGCUUCAUCUGCCAACAAGACGUGUAACAAAAGUUUCUGGAGGAAGCAUCCUUAUGUUUUCUGUUCUCUAUAACAUAGUUCAUUGUGUAAAAGCACCCCGUAAAUCUAAGGGCAUAUAUAAAGAAUAAGUAAUAAAAAGAGAGGUACAUGGUCAGAGUGACUAUACAGUUAUAUUAUGAUAUAGGCAGGGAUUUUCAAAUAGUUUUUGAAGUUUUUACCACUAAAAUAUAAUGUUUAAUUCAUGUGAAUUGCUAUAUUGAAAUGAGAUUGUGUCUAAAACCUUAAAAUUCACCUAUGAUUGAGUGAAUUUCUUUAAAAAUAUUGGAAUGGCGUAAACAGCUCAGAAUUUUGCAUGCGUCUAUUUACUUUUUGUUCAGGGCUCUCCUACUUUCAGCAUUUUCCUGUGCAUAGGUACUGUAAAAAUGAAUACUUUCAAGUAAAUAAAUAAUGAAGGCAGACAGUAAGAAACUAAACUGGCUAGGUACUUAGGUAUAUCUUACAGUCUUCAUCAAGUCUAAGUAUGUUGAUGUUUUUCAUUCCUGACAGCUCAUUUACAGUGCCGAUCUGUAUGUUUACAAAUCCAGUCUCAUUUCCACUGAGUAAUUAUAUUUGAUUGUUAUUGCGGAACACCUAAAAAACUUCAAAUGUUUCCAUAACCAAUGGGAAAAUAAAAUCAUGUUGGUUGCAGAUGCAGGAGAGAGAGCAUAUGACCUCUUAAGCACUGUCCCUGCCCAAAUCUCUGUGAUCCUGUGAUUUUAGCAAUUUAUUCUUCUCCAGACCAAUUUCUGCUUUGAAAUUCACCCUCUUCCACAGAACAGGUGCAAUUUGGAUUGUAUUCUCCACUGUGAAAACAUUCUUUCAAGAGUGAGUGUGUUUCUACAGUGAUUGUGUCCAAAGCCUCAAAAUUUAAGUGUAUGCUUCUGGUUUGUAUCCAGUAGCUAGAGGACAAUUAUUCUCUUUAAAAAUGCUCUAGGAUGGCUCACAGACAGAUGUUACUUAUAUUAGAAGGUUUUUCCUUCACAGAUCAGUCUAAAAGUAAGCUUCUGACAAAGGUAGCCAUCAUGCAUGCCGGUAUCAGCAUGAUCUGCAUUGUUAGCUUCCUUUGUAAGGGAUGCAGUGUGUUAUCUGCUAUUAUGGUACAAAAGGAGUUUGAUCUCAUCUAUGUUAUUGGGGGAAUUUGAUAUCAUAUUUAAGGUGGUAGUGUGGCCUGGAAGAUUCAGCAGAGGAGUCUGUGUCUGGAUGUCUUUAGCACAUAGUGGAUACCUUUGAAAAAAUGCAGAUAAAGAGGUAGGGUUCACUUUGCUGGAAAUAAUUUAGGGCCCCCAAUGUUCUCUGCUGAUGCAGGCUGGGAUAAGAAAUGACAAAAGAUUCCUUGUGGUAGCUCUGUUAGUGAAGGGCAGCCUGUGAAGGGAAGUGUGCUAGCCACACACAGGGAAAGGACUGCUGUGUGUUCCAGAGCUGCAGCAUGCUGGUCCCAUUGGCUCUGUUAUGGUUUAGAUGUGCUCACAGAUUGCCUGGAGUUAGCAUCAGGGACAUUUGUUGCUCUCAGAUUUAGUGUUCCUUGAAUCUUAUUAGGAAAAAAGUUCCAUGAAUAAGUUAUUGCAAAACCAGGUUGACCCAUUCAAGCAUGCAGAUGUUUUAUUUAAAUAUUCCUCAAAUGUCUAUUUAUUCAGCAUAACACAUGUGUUAUGCUGCCUUCUGAAAUACGAUAUAUGACCGUCAAACAAAAUUGUCAAAAACAACAACCCUUGUUUCUUUGUAUGAUACACAGAAAUAAUUACAUUUCAUGUACAGUACAGAUGCAUUUUACACAGUCAUCAACAGUCAUUCACUACCAAAACAGCAUUUAAAUCACCUAAAACACCAAAAGAAUGUGUAUUUCCCAAAUUCAGAGUAAAUUAAUGAUUUUGCCUGUGACAUGGAAAUAGGAGACAGGACUGGCAUUCUGCAAAAUCAUAUUAAAUUAUUCUUUAAGCUGUAUUUUAACAGUGAAGUACAAGCUGGUUCAGGGGUAUAACUGUUCUGCAAGUGUAUUGCUGUAAUGCAGGUUUUUUAGUCCCUGUGAAAAAGAAUAGAGAGGCCAGAUUUCUUGAGAUGCAUGACCUGAUGGAGUCGGGAGGCUUCCUGGGCUGUAUGCAGUCAGUCCCAAAUGGAUUUUAGUAACAACCUUUUUGCAUUAUUUUCCUGAUGUAACUACAAAAGUACCAUGUGACAUGAAGACGUUGUUACAGAUUGUUAAUAUCAAGGCAGUUUUUAUAUCAACAAUUUCUUAGGCAGAGGGUGGAGAUCAAGCUAUAUCUUUUUUUCUGUGUACUUAUGGGUAGAGGUAGGAUGCAAGUAAAAGUUUUCAAGCCCCCUCUGCCUUUUUUUUUACACGGCAGUAAAACUUAUGUAACCCACCAGCUUCAGCAGAUUUAGUGCAAUUUUAUAACUUAGGUAAAACAGAGGAGAAACAUAAUUAACUUCAGCAGAGUUACUCAAAAUGAACAUCUUGUUUAUCAGAGGACAAUUUGUGCUUCUACUGUCUUAUCAAGUUUUGAAAGAAAUUUAGAAGGUCAGUUUUCAAUGAGGAAAUUAUUCUAAUUUUCACAAAAAAGUGGGAAGUUAAUUGCAAAUUAACCAAGUUUCCAAAUAAGUAAACAAUAAAAGAGUAAUGCCUUACAUUAUUUACUAUUUUUAAUUGCAGUUUAAUUCUCAUAUGUGACAGUAUUUUGGUGAAUACACUGUGGCAUAUACCAUCAUCUACUCUUCAAUAUGUGACAGGUAGGGAGAAAUGUCAGUAUUUGUGUGCAGUAAAAAGUAUAUAAUCAGCAAGUUUCAGUUUUAAGUGAGUGUUUUCUUUUACUGUAAAUUUUAAGGUCAGUUGAAUGAUAAAUACUGUACUGAAACAUAUGCUACUCAGGUUAUUAUGUCAAUCAGUUAUCAUAAUGGCCUCUAAUGCACUGAACCUUUUGAUUUGUAUGCGUAUUUUCAUUUGUAGACACGCAAUUAUUUCUGAUCCAGUGUUUUUGAUGUAUAUAUGUAUGUAUUGAUAUGCAUAUAUUUCAUGUAUAUCUGAUGUAUAUGAUAUAUGGUAUUCCAUGUAUAUAGGAAGCAUUACAAUAUAUCUCUUUUACUGUACUCUCAUACAGAAAGAUGACAUUUUUUAUCAGAAAGGUUUCUGCUAGCAUCAAUGUCUUAAAAAUGAAACUAAAAAACCUUAACAGGUGGAGCCUUUAUACUGGCUUUUAGGCUUGUUCUUAUAGGCAAAUUCCAACUUAACUCAGUUAUACUUUUGUAGCUUUGCGACCCAAACCAUUAUUCUAUCGGUGUUGUUAGGUGGGAAAGUACCUUAACAAAAUAUAAAUCCUCAAGUUUUAGGAUGUGAGUUUACAGCUACUUACAAAAAGAAUUUAGCAAUCAUUUUCACUGAAUGUUUUUCAGUGUCUUCCAACAUAGCCAAUACUCUGGAUACUGAAAAAUGUUAGCAGUGGAAGUUUGGAGAUAAGUGCUGGUUAAUCACAAAAAAACCCCUUUGUUUUAAUUUGAUUUCAAAUGGGAUUGAUACUGUAACUGCGCAAGGACAAGAGAUUUUUUCUGAAAGUACAAAAGUAGGCAAGAUGUUUACAGAACAGAGGACUGUGCCAAUUCAUCAGUAGCCUUGAAAUCCCAAAUAGUACAGUAAUGUUAGAAUGGACAAUGUACUGAGAAAUAGAGGACAGUGAACAAAAAGAACAGUGACUGAAUAGCACAUUUGUGGUGCACAGUUUGGCUAUAAGAUUAUUUAAAUGUUUGCCGUUAGAAGUUUAUAGUGCAGAUGAAGUUGUGUAAAAUAUCUAUUAAAAAAAAAUCCUGAUUCCUGAUACAACAGGUGUACAAUGACUUAUUGCAGUUGUAACAGUUCCUAGGAAGCAAGAUAAAACAAUAAUAAAUAUUGAACUAACUGAACACCUUUAGUUCACUAAUGAGUAUUUGAAUAAGAAAUACUGCAUUUUUCGAAGGGAAGUUAUUUGUACAACUACCAUGGAACAUUAACAAUCAGCAUGUUGUAAGUGCACAGAAAUGCCCCUUUCUACAGUAAUAUUUUAUCAUGCCUAAUCUGAAAAACAACAUAAAUAAACUGAGAUCACAGCUCCAAAUAAUUUCAGCAUGCAUUAUGGUUGUAUUUCUUUCAGUCAGUACAAACUUAUUUCAUAUGAGCAUUUUUUCUUUCAUUUUUCCAUAGUUUCUCAACAAGUGUGUGGUUUAUUAACAGCAAAAAAAAGACAUAUUAUCAAAAUGUUUCUUGUUUUGCAU